AAUUCUUUUCACUGAACCUCUCGAAACCUUGAUAGUCGCCGUUUUCCUUCUUCGUCACCGCCCAUCAUCGCCGCUUGUGACCGAUGAGCAGCUAGGUUUCUUCUAUCGGCAUCACUUUUUAUUCAAUUGACUCAAAGGAUAUGGCUGCUUCAAUCUCAAGAAGAAUUUUUCGCAGUUUUGGAUCAUUGGCAGCUUUUGGACGCAGCGGUUCACCGAAUUUGUCUGCGAAUGCAUCUGGAUAUGGUUUAUGCUCUCUUCCUAAUGAUCUGAAGUAUGGAAUGGGUUUACUUUCCAACCGAAAGCUCUCCACUUCUAUUUUGACUCCUGAUUCAAGUGAUGAUUCAUUUCCUUGUGGUUUACUUACCAAAAAGACGGUGAUUACACCAGACCGAACCAUAGGACAAUAUCAAGACUUGGUCAUUCCGGUGACAAAUUUUCAGAAUGAAGACAAGGGUUUCAUGGUUUUAGCAGGUGAUGUCUUUGAUGUUCCAAUAAGGAAAGAUAUCAUUCACAAUGUUGUGAAAUGGCAGCUUGCGAAACGCCAGCAGGGAACUCAUUCGACCAAAACAAUAUCUGAGGUAAGUGGAACUGGUAGAAAGCCCUGGAAUCAGAAGGGUACGGGUCGAGCUAGACACGGUACACUGCGUAGCAACCAGUUCCGAGGUGGUUGUAUAAUGCAUGGGCCCAAACCGAGAAGCCAUGCGAUAAAGAUGAAUAAGCAGGUUCGACGCCUUGGACUGAAGAUAGCACUGACAGCUCGAGCCGCAGAAGGAAAACUCAUCGUGUUUGAUGAUAUGGUAUUGCCAACACAUAAAACGAAGAACAUUGUGAACUAUUACAAUCAAAUGGAGAACACAAAGAAAGUACUCGUUGUAGAAGGUGGUCCUAUCGAUGAAAAGCUAAAGCUAGCAACCCAAAAUCUCCACUAUGUCAACAUAAUUCCAUCAAUAGGGCUUAACGUCUACAGCAUUUUGCUCCACGAUACGCUUGUCAUGUCCCGUGAUGCUGUGAAUAAGAUCGUUGAGCGUAUGCACACUCCUAUUAACCGUUAAAGUGAUGUCUUAAAACGGCAUUCUCAGUAAGAAAACUAGAGAUCACAAGGAAGACAGUUCCAAAAACAUUCAACAUGUAGUUUCUGUACCGGCAAUGACUAGCCGGUUCAUUGUUAGCUUUUGGGUCUGGAAUGUUACAAGAUUGAGUUUUUAGAUGA